AUGACACAUAUAUACACGUACAACUUCCUCGGUAAUGCAUUGGAUCCUGAAGUAGUGGCUGCAUUGAAGGCAGGGAUUGAGGUAUAUGGCACAACUAUGAGCUCUUCUAUCGUGGACCAGACGCAAGUGAACGUUGAUGUGGAGACGGCACUUUGCACCGGCGCUACCAUUCUGUCUUUCCCGCACAACGACACCAAGGCACUUGAGCGUACGGUGUCGAAACUGCGUACGAAGUACCGUCGUGUGCUCAUUGUGAUCGAGGGUGUGUACAGUAUGGACGGUGAUAUACCAAACGUGCGCGAAAUGAUCCGCACCAAAAAGAAGUACAAGGCGUUGCUAUUCCUCAACGAGGCUCGCUCUUUUGGAACAACAGGAGCUACGGCCCGUAAUAGUUGCAAGCACUUUAAUUUAGACCCGAUGGAUAUCGAUGUACCAUAA